CCAGACUCCGCUGGAAAGGAGGUUGAAAUGACGGAUGCAACCAUGGAAGAGAGACCCGGGGACAGUUUAUUUACAUCCGAAGAGGCUGUGUAAGUUUAGAGGGAAGCCGCUGCGUGUGUCUCCCUCUUUACUUUCACCGACCCCCUCCUCCUCCUCCUCCACUGGCAGAAAUUUAUAAAGAACAAAAAAUCCGACGAGGGAGGGAGGGGGGUUGAUAUACGCUGAGGCUGAAAUCGAGAGGCGAACCCAGGGAAAGAGGAGUAAUUUGUACACGGGACUUUCCCCCUCUUAGUCCCCCAAAAGGAGGGGGAAAAGUCGCAAUAUUGGAAACGAAAAGGAACGAGCUUCUAAGGGCGUGAAAACGUCUGCAAUUGUGGAUACUUUAUAUAUUUUUAUUUCGAAAAAAUAUGGCCGAGAACGUUCUGGACUCUGGCCCGCCUUCAGCCAAGAGGCCUAAACUCUCCUCUCCGGCACUUUCCGCCUCCGCCAGCGAUGGAAAUGAUUUCGGCUCACUGUUUGACUUGGAGCACGAUCUCCCAGAUGAGCUCAUCAGCUCUAAUGAACCUGGCCUGGCCAAUGGUGGGGACCUCAGCCAGUUGCACACCACUCUGGGAGGUGGACCUGCAGGGCUAGGUCCUGGAGGAGGCAGUGGAGGGGCAGGAGGUAUGGGUCUUGGGCUUGGACCUGGAGGGGUUCCUGGGGGUGUUGGCGGAGGCCAGGAUGCAGUGGCCAAGCACAAACAGCUGUCCGAACUUUUGCGGUCAGGGGCACCCACCUCGACCCAACAAGGGCACCAAGGAGCCAUGGGCAGCCCAGGAGGCCCCACUGCCAUGGGGCAACACUUGGCGAACAUGAAGGCAUCCCCUGGCCAGGGGCCUCUGCAGAUGAUGGGCCAGGGGCAGCAGCAGCAGCAGCAGCACCUCUCCCCUCAGCAGCAGGCCAACAUGAUGCAGCAGCAACAGAAUACUGCAGCUGGAAUGAUGGGUGGCAUGAACAGGGCCAUGAUGGGAGCACAGCAGAAAGGCAAUAAUGGACAGCAGCAGCCAGGCAUGAUUGGGAGCCAGGUGAUGAAUGGCUCCCCCAGGAUGGGCUUUGGGAAUCAGGGGAUGGGUGGCAACAGCAACCUGUUGGCUGAGACCCUACAGCAGCAGGGAGCUGGGGGCCAGGCUGGGAUGAGAGGCCAGCAACCUGGAGCAAUGAACAAGAUGGGGAUGAUGGGGAACCCAGGUGGCCCUUUUGGAGGUCCGUAUGCAGGGCAGGGGAAUCAAGGUCUGGGAGGCGCAGGGCUGGGCCCUCAGCUCCAGAACAAAGGUCCCAUGGCCAACAGCCUGGCCCAGUUCAAUGUGGACAAGAAGCCCAUGCAAGGAAUGGCCACCAUGGGCUCCCAACAGUCACAAACAGGUGUGGGCGGUCCUUCUGGUGCACCUGUGGGAGGAGCCCCAGGGAUGGUGCCCAACGCGCAGGCAGGUCUGGUGGGUCCCGGUACCCAGGUUUCUGCAGCAUCUGCUGCAGCUGGAGCACCACCCACAGCUGACCCCGAGAAGCGCAAGCUAAUCCAGCAGCAACUGGUGCUCCUGCUUCAUGCACACAAGUGCCAGCGGCGGGAGCAGGCCAACGGUGAAGUCCGGCAGUGCAACCUUCCCCACUGCCGCACUAUGAAGAACGUCCUCAACCACAUGACUCACUGCCAGGCUGGCAAGUCCUGUCAGGUUGCUCACUGUGCAUCAUCAAGGCAGAUCAUCUCCCAUUGGAAGAACUGCACGCGACAUGACUGUCCUGUCUGCCUGCCACUGAAGAAUGCUGGGGACAAGAGGAACCCACAGUGUGAGUCUCUACUUGGUGCGCCCGGUGCAGGUCUGGGCAGCUCUCUUGGGGCAGUACCUGGUGGCCAACCAAGUGCUCCCAACCUCAACCCACCAAGCCAGAUUGACCCCAGCUCCAUAGAAAGAGCCUAUGCAGCCCUGGGCCUCACCUACCAGGGCAACCAGAUCCAGGCUCAGACUGCCCAGCCCAAUAUGCCCAACCAAGGCCUGCAAGGCCAAGCUGGCAUGAGACCUCUGAACCCAAUGAGUGCAAAUCCUAUGGGAGUCAAUGGAGGUUUGGGGGCUUCCUCUCAGAGCCAACAAGCCAACCUGCUGCAGGAUACCAUGAUGCACCUCAAUGUGAACAGCCAAGGUCUGAUGAAUGAUGCCAGUGGGGUCGGCUCCAUGCCCACAGCAGGCCCUCCCUCUGCCUCAGGCAUGAGGAAAAGCUGGCAUGAGGACAUCACACAGGACCUACGAAACCACUUGGUACACAAACUAGUUCAGGCCAUCUUUCCGACUCCAGACCCUGCUGCCCUCAAGGACCGUCGAAUGGAGAACCUGGUGGCCUAUGCCAGAAAAGUUGAAGGAGACAUGUAUGAGUCAGCCAACAGUCGAGCUGAGUACUAUCACCUGCUAGCGGAGAAGAUCUAUAAGAUCCAGAAGGAGCUGGAGGAGAAGAGGAGGACCCGGCUCCAGAAGCAGGGACUGGGCCUUGGGCCUGCCGGCAUUGGUCAGCCCCCCACUGGAUUGCCUCCAAACGGCCCCCUCUCUGACCCACCAAUGGUGCGACCAGCUGGACCCAAUCAGAUGGUCAACAGGAUGCAAGGCCCAGGUAUGAACCAGUUCAGUCAGAUGGGGAUGCAGUCUAUGGGCCAGAGGUCCACACCUCCUCUCCCCAUUGGAGCAUCUGGCAACCAGAUGGGAAUGGUCGGACCCAGGAUGGGGCAGCCCAAUGUCAACCAGCUUCAGAACCAGUAUUUGUCCCAGGGACAGUUUCCUGGGUCAGGACCAGGAGUUGGAACAGCUCAGCCUGGGAUGGCCCAACCUGGAGCACAGGCAGGCAUGGCGCAGACGCAGAUGGGCACUCCUCCCUCUCUUCCAGUUGCUAGUCCUCUAGCACAGCCAGGUUCAGCCAGCGGUCCCAGUAGUGUCUCCGCGGUGGGACCCAUGGGUCCUCAGAGUGUGGGUGGUGGAGGUCCCAACUCAGCUGUUGGAGCCCCUGCUUCCUCAAUGACUCCAUCUAACACAAACCAGCAACCCAACUCUAUCCCCCAUUUGGCAGCCAUGCGUUGCAGCUCGCCCUCCCCUGCUCACAGCCGAUCUCCUACUCCUCACCAAACACCCCCAAGACUAGCUGGGUCCCAGACCCCACAGCCACACACCCCUAACGCACCACAGCUGGCUCCACCUUCAGCCCCCCAGCAGAAUCAGCUUGGCCAGGGCCCCGGCUCUAACAAGUCCCUCCAGCAGCAGCACAUGGGACCAGCUGGUUCGACCACUCCAUCUCACCCUGGACUGGGCUCAAGCUCAACGCCGCAUGGUGCUCAGCUGCCACGCACUCCGCUGUCCCAAAAGGGUUCAUUCCCAGCAGACAGUCAGGCCCUGACUCCAGCCUCUGUUAGCAGCCUGGACACUUCCUCCCAGCAGCCGCAGUCGGACGCUUCAGUCGGCAACCUUGACCCUAAGAUGGAGGUCAAGCAGCAGGAUGAGGAGGAGGAGAGCGACCCCGGCAGCUGCUCCAAAGGAGGGAAGCUCAGCAACCUCAAAACAGAGGAAAAGCCUGUGAAAGCAGAGCUGAAAAAGGAAGAGUGUUCUGGAGAGGGAGGUAAAGGGGUUCCGAUGGAUACAUCGACAACAAUGCAGAUGGUGGGCGUGAAGACAGAAGAUAGGAAACCGGAGAUAAAAAAGGAGGUGAAAGAGGAAGAGGAGACGUCGGAGGCACCACAGGCCUCAGUGAAAAAGAAGAUCUUCAAGCCAGAGGAGCUUCGUCAGGCCCUGAUGCCCACACUCGAAUCUCUCUACAGACAAGAUCCAGAGUCUCUGCCCUUCAGAAUGCCUGUAGACCCACACCUGCUGUGCAUACCUGACUACUUUGACAUUGUGAAGAGCCCCAUGGACCUGUCUACUAUCAAGCGAAAGCUGGACACAGGUCAGUAUCAGGAUCCCUGGCAGUAUGUAGACGACAUCUGGCUGAUGUUCAACAACGCCUGGCUGUACAACCGCAAAACAUCCAGAGUCUACAAGUACUGCUCCAAGCUGGCUGAGGUUUUUGAGCAGGAGAUUGAUCCUGUCAUGCAGAGCCUUGGCUACUGUUGUGGGAGGAAGCUGGAGUUCUCUCCUCAGACACUGUGCUGCUACGGAAAGCAGCUGUGCACUAUUCCUAGAGACGCUGCUUACUUCAGCUACCAGAACAGUUCACCAAAAUUUGGGCUUCUUGCUAACAGGUACCACUUCUGUGAGAAGUGUUUCAACGAGAUCCAGGGAGAGACGGUUUCCCUGGGUGAUGACCCCACUCAGCCACAGACAUCGAUUAACAAGGAGCAGUUUGAGAAGAAGAAGAAUGACACACUGGACCCUGAACUGCUUGUUGAAUGUAUGGACUGUGGGCGCAGGAUGCAUCAGAUUUGUGUCUUGCACAAUGACACAAUCUGGCCAUUGGGUUUUGUAUGUGACGGCUGCUUAAAGAAGGCAAAUAAGACAAGGAAAGAGAACAAGUAUUCUGCUAAAAGGUUGCCCCAGACAAAGUUGGGCAGUUACCUAGAGAUAAGGGUGAAUGACUUCCUGAAGCGUCAGAGCCACCCGGAGGCUGGAGAAGUAACCAUUCGCGUCGUCCAUGUCUCUGACAAAGUGGUGGAGGUUAAACCAGGCAUGAAGUCCAGAUUUGUGGACAGCGGAGAGAUGUCGGAGUCUUUCCCAUACAGGACAAAAGCCCUUUUUGCGUUUGAGGACAUUGAUGGAGCAGAAGUCUGCUUCUUUGGUAUGCAUGUACAAGAGUAUGGCUCCGACUGCCCUCAACCCAACCAGAGGCGAGUAUACAUCUCCUACCUGGACAGUGUACACUUCUUCAGGCCUCGCGGUCUAAGAACAGCAGUCUACCAUGAAGUCCUCAUCGGCUACUUGGAGUAUGUCAAGAAAUUGGGUUACACCACUGGCCACAUCUGGGCCUGCCCACCUAGUGAAGGGGACGACUACAUCUUCCACUGUCACCCUGCAGAUCAGAAGAUCCCAAAGCCCAAACGCCUCCAGGAGUGGUAUAAGAAGAUGUUAGACAAAGCUGUGGCAGAGCGGAUAGUGCACGAUUACAAGGAUAUCUUCAAGCAGGCGACAGAGGAUCGUUUGACCAGUGCCAAGGAGUUGCCUUACUUUGAGGGUGACUUUUGGCCCAAUGUGCUGGAGGAGAGCAUCAAAGAGCUGGAGCAGGAGGAGGAGGAGAGGAAAAGGGAGGAGAACAGCACUUCCAAUGAGAGUAUUGAUGACACAAAAGGUGACAGUAAAAACGCAAAGAAGAAGAACAACAAGAAGACAAGUAAGAACAAGAGCAGCCUGAGCCGAGCCAAUAAGAAGAAGCCAGGGAUGCCCAAUGUCUCCAAUGACCUUUCACAGAAACUCUAUGCCACUAUGGAAAAACACAAAGAGGUGUUCUUUGUGAUCCGGCUGAUCGCAGGCCCCAUGGCAAAUGCCUUGCCCCCUAUUGUAGACCCAGAUCCCCUGAUGGCAUGUGACCUCAUGGACGGCCGUGAUGCUUUCCUCACAAUAGCUCGGGACAAACACCUGGAGUUCAGCUCUUUGAGGAGGUCCAAGUGGAGCUCCAUGUGCAUGUUGGUGGAGUUGCAUAACCAAAGCCAGGACCGCUUCGUCUAUACUUGUAAUGAGUGUAAGCACCACGUGGAGACUCGUUUCCACUGUACCGUCUGUGAGGAUUACGACCUUUGCAUCACAUGUUACAACACUAAGAGCCACGAGCACAAGAUGGAGAAGUUAGGCCUUGGUUUGGAUGAUGAGAGCAGCAAUCAGGCUGCCGCUACCACUCAGAGCCCUGGAGACUCUCGCCGCCUCAGUAUCCAGCGCUGCAUCCAGUCCCUCGUCCACGCCUGCCAGUGUCGAAACGCAAACUGCUCCCUGCCGUCCUGCCAGAAGAUGAAACGCGUUGUUCAGCACACAAAAGGCUGCAAGAGAAAAACCAACGGUGGCUGCCCUAUUUGCAAGCAGCUUAUCGCGUUGUGUUGCUACCACGCGAAGCACUGUCAGGAGAACAAAUGCCCAGUUCCAUUCUGCCUAAACAUCAAGCACAAGCUCCGCCAGCAGCAGCUGCAGCACAGGCUCCAGCAAGCUCAGAUGCUAAGAAGGAGGAUGGCCAGCAUGCAGAGAGUGGGACAACCCACUCCUGGAGGAGCUCCUGGAGGCAAUGGCCUGCCCUCUCCAGGAGCCAACAAUGGAGCAACAGGUCCUGGUACACCUACAUCUGUGGGCACGCAGCCUCCUACCCCACAGACACCCACCCAGGGGAACAUGCCUGCACUUCCUCAGCAGCAGGGAGUUGGGAUCGGGGGAAUGGGAACUCCAGGCCAGCAACAGCAGGUUCAGCAGCAAGGUGGUACCAUGCCCCCUCAACACCAUCUCCAUCAGUUUCAGCCAGUGGGUGGAGGGGGGAUAAUGAACUCUCCUCAGCAGCAGAUGGUGUCUCAGCUCCAGCAGCAGCCUCCCAAUGUCCAGCAACUCCAGCAGCAGCAGCACCCUGGUGGUUUGCCUCCGUACAACCCCAGACCACCUGGAGCCUCUCCUCUCCACCAGUCCCUGGGCAAACCUGGACUGGGUCCAGCCACCCCACCCCAGCAGCAGCAGCAGCAACAACCCAACCAGGGCCAGGGGUCCAUGCCUGUACAAGGUCAGCAGCAAGGGCCCCCUCUGGCUGCUGUAGAGACAGCCCUAAAAAUCCAGCGCCUUGCAGAGACCCAGAGACAGAUGGCUCAGGCCCAGGCCCAAGCCCAGAUACGUGGUUUGGGACAAGGAGGCAUGAUACCCCCACAUCCUCACCACCAGAACACCCAGGCCCCGAUGGGCAUGCCCCACAUUGGGGCCCAAGGCAUGCCCCCCCAGGCUCAGGGAGUUGUUGGCAGGACUAUGUUAGACCCACAGCAACAGGGAAUGCUAGCAGGGAUGCAGCAAGGCGGCCCUCAGUCGCAGUUGUCACCUCAAGUUCAGCAGCAGCUUCAGCAAGUCCAGCAGGGAGGUGGUGGACAACUUCAGUCAACAAACCAGCAGUGGGGUGCUGGGGGACCAGCCAUGAACCCACAACAAAGGCCAGGCAUGAUGGGUCACAUGGCACCACAGCAACAGCCAGCAGUUGCUCAACAACAGCAGCAGCCGAUGAAUCCGCAACAACCACAACCAGGAAACCGCGGGCUGAUGCAGGUAAUGGGUGUGUCGGGAGGGGCUGCAGGGGCACCUACAGGUGCAGCUGUAUCAGGAAACCUGCCCCAGGCAGCACUACAAGACCUCCUGAGAACACUGCGCUCCCCAAGCUCACCCCUUCAACAGCAGCAAGUCCUCAACAUCCUUCGUUCCAACCCAACCCUCAUGGCUGCUUUUAUCAGGCAGAGAGCAGCCAGAUAUCAAGGUGGUCAAAGUGGCCCUGGAGGAGUGGGAGGGCCUCCACAAGGGGGCCCUGGAGGUGUGAGGUUCCAAGGGGGUGCUGGAGGGCUGCCUGGUGUAGGAGGGCCCGUGGCUAACCAACUUGCUAAUAUGGAUGGGCAACAGCAGGUUAACCAGGCAGGCCAGCCAGGGAUGAACAUGGCUCAGGGUGGGGGAGGGAAUAUGCCCACCAUGGCUCAACUUCAGCAGUUACAACAGCAGCAACAACAGCGCCCAAUGUUGCCUGGGAAUCUACAGCAACAGCAAAUGGCUGCAUUACAGCAGCAGCAACAACAACAGCAACAACAACAGCAACAACAACAGGGAGCAAUGCAAGCAGGGCAACAAAGCAUGACUAAUAUGACUCCACAGUUCAGAGAGCUGCUGAUGAGAAGACACCUGCAACAACAGCAGCAGCAACAACAGCAGCAGCAACAACAACAACAACAACAGCAGCAACAACAACAACAACAACAACAACAACAACAACAACAACAACAACAACAACAACAACAGCAGCAGCAGCAGCAGCAGCAGAUGGGAAACCACGGGCAGUUCCAGCAGCCUCAAGGAGUCCAGCAGCAGCAAGGCCAACAAGGCUUCAUGCAGCCUGGCCAGGGACAGCCAGGGAUACCCCCCUCUUCCCAACCCCAGCCUGGGGGUGGCGGCGUAGGGGGUCCCCAGCAGCAGCAAGGAGGACCACAGGGUGGGCCAGGACAGCUAGGCCAGCAACAGGGCUAUCCCAACCCCAUGUCACAAGUAGCUGCAGCACUUCAGCAAAGGCUCCAGCAUCAGAUGCAGAUGCAGCAGCAGCAGCAGCAGCAACAGCAACAGCAGCAACAAAGUUCAAUGGGUGGGCUUCAAGGACAAGAUGGAGGACCCGGUGGAGGCACUGGAGGACCUCCGCUACAGCCUGGACAAGGUGGAGCAGGGCAGGGGCAACAACAGCAAGGUGGAGUGGGCGGAGGGGGUGGUGGGCCCCCAUUGCAGCAGACGUCCCAAGGCAUGCUUCACCAGAACAUCCACCAGAGGAUCCUGCAGCAGCAGCACCUUGGUGGGGGCUCCCCAGCCCACCACAGCAGUCCCAUGAGUCCCCAGCAGAUGGUGCAGUCCCCCCACCCCCAUCUCCAAGGACAAGGAGGGCUUGGUCCAGCAGGGUCGCUCAGCAGUCAGGUCAGGUCACCUCAGCCCUCGCCAAGGCCACAGUCGCAGCCUCCGCACUCCAGCCCGUCCCCACGCAUGCAGCCCUCCUCCCAACCUCAGCCCUCACCUCAUCGCAUCUCCCCGCAGACCCAGACUGGCUCACCACACCCAGGCCACCUAAGCCAACAUCACCCCAGUAUGGCACCACCCCAACCUCCGCAACCCCAGCAGCAAGCGUUAUCUCAGCAGCAGCCAGGUAGUUCUGUAGAUCCUGGUCAGUUCAGCUCAGACCAGAACUCCAUCAUGUCCCAACUGAGUGGGAUGACAGGGAUGCAUGGUGGGCAGGGGGGACAGUCGGACAUGUUGGGUGGGAAUAAUAACAGCAGCAACAACCAGGAGCUGGGAACGAACAUUAACCACAGUUUAGACCAUAUGUAGCCUUGACUCCAUACUGUCUCUCUGUUUUGAUGCUCUGAUCAGUUGCCCCAAAUGACAAACUGCCAUGAAAGGAGAGCGAGGCGGGACUACGGCUUUGGGGUUUUAGAAGUUUUUAUUUUUUAUUUAAAUAUUUUUGUGAUGUAUAAAUAAGAACUGAAGUUUCCUUCCUAUGGGAGAUGCAACAUAAAUCUUAGAAGUCAAUAAAUGAAUAAAUUAAAACAAUGGUAAGUUAUUGCUGUUAAUAUAUAUCUAUAUAUUUUUGCCAAUUGUGUACAAAAAGGUGGAAGGGCAGUGUUUCAGGUUGAAGAUAUUUCUUCCUUAGUCUAACACUAUUUUUGGGGACUGAGAAUUUUGCCUUUUUAUGAAUAUUUUUAAGAUUUAAAAUGUGGCUAAAAAUUAAAGUGAGUUAACACGAUGUACCUUUUUUAUUGUUUUUCUCCUCAAAUACCCAGUCAUAAUUGUAUCUAUUUUGCAGAGAGUAAGUAUAUUUUAUUUCUGAAUUAUUAUUUUCUUUCACUCAAUGCAUCGUAAAACAAGCAUCAACAUAUCCUCUGUUACAGGAGUCGUCUUCUGGACAGUUUUCACAGCAAUGUACAUUUUACAGCAACUGCAACAAUUCGCAUACAUAGCAUUUAUCGUAUUCGAUAGGGGUCUGCGUUAAAUGCAGUUUGGUUUUGACAAGUUUCCUAGUUUGUUUUUUUUGACAGGGUUUAUAGGUUGGAAUUAAACCUCAACAGUGUUUUGGGGAGUGGGUGUCACUGACUGUGGGUUUGGUUGUAUUUUUCUGCAAAUGGCCAGAUCCGCAGAACAAAUCAUUGCACCCGUGGGCCACCUCUCCACCCUCCAUCUUCAGUUCUCCUAUGAAUGUGCACACCUUCCUUACCCUGACCCCCACCCCCUGCAAAAAAUGGAGGGAUGAACUGUUGAUGUCCCAUCGUCUAGCUGUCACGAAGCGUAGUGUGCUCCUGUUUCAAGAUGGCUGAUAUUAAAAGGUUGUACGUGUACAUAUAUUACAACCUUGUUUAUGAACUGUGACAAGGAGAAGAGGAUGAUAAAGUUGUCUGUUUUUUGGACUGCAGAGGUUUAAGAAAAUCUGCCUGUAUAAUGAACGCCCAACAGUUUCCUUUUCAGUAGUCUUUUCUCUAUUUCCCCUUUGUUCCUCAACCUCAUGACUGCCUCUCAGCCACAAGAUUUAAUUCAAUGUUAGUACUGUACAAAGUAAGAAAUGGUGGACUUAGAUACUGUUUUUGUAAUGAAAGUGAAAGAUGUAAAAACAAAAAAAAAAAAAAACAACUGUACAUACUUUAAACCUUAUGAGCAGAGAAAUUAUUUUCUGCUGCUUGUUUCCCCUCUUGUUUGAUUGGAUAUUUGCUGUAUCUGUAAAAAGUACUCCUGAGCUACUGUACAGUAUUGAGAUUUUUUCUAAAAGGUACAGUAUGGGGUGUAGUAGGUCACAAGCACCAAUGCGCCUUUUUCUGUGUAUUUUUGACAUGGUUUUAGGAAGGGGAGGGGUUAUUGCAACAAGUCACACACCUGAACAAUCUCAAAACUUAGACGUGAAACCUGCACGAAGUACAGCCUGAGGCAGCCGUUGAUUAAAGGUGUGAUCUGAAAGAAAUUUGGUCAUUUAGCUUUUUAUGGAGAGGACUGAAGACACAAUAUUCACAUGCUCACUAUUUUUCUCAAAAGGUUGGGCUUGCUGGGUAUGGGGAGGGAACGCAUCAGAACCAGGUGGCAAUAUAUCUUGAGACUUAUUUUAUAAGAAAAAACAAGGAAAAACUGUCUUUUAUAUAUAGAUAUAUUAUUUAAUUUUAUUUUUUUGGAAAUAAAACUUGAAGCUACAGGAAUUAUUAGAUAAAACGUUUUGUUUUUUAUUAAAGAUGUUAUGGUGAUGCAAAAAGACACUGCAGACAGUCAUUCAGUUUGCCCUGGGGAGGCCGCCCGUGGAGUAUAUUAUACCAUCCUUUUUAAGAAAUGUUUCAUGUACAUGAAUAUAGUUGUAAACAUACUGAAUCACUGUACAAACCGAUGGCAACUGAACAAAUAGUUUUGUUUUAAUCAUUUUUCUCCUAAAAAGAGACUGGAAAUAAGACUAUUUAAAUAUUUGUUUAGUAUUCAAAUGGAAUCUUUGACCACUUUUUCGUUCCUCUUGUUAACAAUUUUGGUGCUUGCUGAGAGAAAGCAAAAAUAACUGUUUUCAUUAGUUUCUUUUUUUAAGUUAUUUUGGUGGUCUGAUUGUUUUUUGCCAAUAAAUUAAUUGUACAAUAAAGUAUGUUUGUACCAUUGGAAAAAUA